AUGGGCAAGGUUCAAGUUAAGCCCAAAGUGAAUUUGUCUUCAUAUGUCCACUUUUUAUUAAACUGCAGGAACAAGCACAAGGAACAACACCCAAAUGCUUACAUCAACUUCAAAGAGUUCUCCAAAAAGUGCUCUGAAAAGUGGAAGACAAUCUCUAAGCAUGAAAAGUCCAAGUAUGAAGCCAUAGCCAGACUGGACAAAGCACGCUACCAGAAAGAAAUGAAAAAUUAUGUUCCCCCAGUGGGAAUGAAGAAAAGGAAAAGAAGGAAGAAGGACCCCAAAGCUCCCAAGAGGCCACCCUCAUCAUUUUUCCUCUUCAGUCGGGACCAUUAUACAAAGAUCAAAAGUGACAAUCCAGAGUGGUCCGUGGUGGAAGUGGCAAAGCUCCUAGGGGAGAUGUGGUCCAAAAAGUCAGAGCAGGACAAGCAGCCUUAUGAAGAGAAGGCAGCCAGACUGAGAGCCAAGUACCACCAAGAACUCAUGGCCUAUCGGGUUAAUCAUGGUCAGGGAUGUUCAAGGAAGAAAGGACCAGGGACCUCUGGCCAGUUUCAGAACAAAAAGAAAUCCAAGUCAGACAAGAGUGAAGACUAUGAUGAAUCUGAUUCAGAAGGCGAGCUGGAUUAG